CGAAACACGCGUAUAUAGACGUUUCGAGCCAUGUCGCGUCGAGCAUAAUACUUGCACGUUUCGUCCGAGCCAGGGCAUUCAUUUUCCACGGGCUAACUAAUAUUUUUCGUUCGAUUGAGACCACUGAGAAAAAAAUGAGUAUCCUUCUUUCGCUUAUAUUAUCCCUCGGUUAUUUAUUCGUACUCGGCAGCGGUGCGAUUGAGCCAUCCGAACCGAAAUUAACAACCAAAUUAACACCGGUGAACAGCCCAUCGUAUGAGAAUAACGUCAAAGAUUUAACAGCUGCCGCGAGCGAUCGAACGUUUCACCUCGAGAAAGACUAUCAACCUAGGGGCGUACCAUAUGGAAGUUACCUUGGUCUUGGUGGCUCGAUUUAUGGCCCUGGUACGACAUAUCGUGGAACAGGCUUGAGUCCGGGAUACCUAAAUCCAGCCUACAGAGGUUAUCAAGUGGGUGGGCCAGGUGGAAUUAUUGGGGGCGGCCAUAUAGGGUACGGCUAUUACGGCAACCUUGGAUACAAUCCGGGAUACAGAGGCUAUGGAUAUCUCGGUUACGAUGGUUACGGGGGUUAUGGUGGAUACGGUGGAAGCUCGAUAGGGGGCUACGGUGGUUAUGGCAGCGGAUAUGGCCCAAGUUACGGUUCUGGUAUCUACGAUGAUGGAUAUUAUGGGUAUGGUGGACGUGGUAGUUACGGACGUUACGAUGGUUAUGGGACUGGAUACGGUGGAUCGAAUUAUGGAUCCUCGUACAACGUGAGGAGCAACUACGAUCCGUAUUAUCGUAACACCAAUUACGCAAGCUACGCUGGCAAUCCAUCGGGAUACAGAGGUUAUUCUUAAACCUUUCUUCAUCCUUUUUAACAAAGAAUACAACGCGAGCGUUACAGCAGUAUGUAUUUGAACCAAUACUGAUUCAACUGUGUACGUGGCGUAUUAAUCCGUAUUAACGUUAACGCAUAGAUCGUAAUUUUGUAUUUGUUAUUAAUUCUUCGAAGCGAUGUAUUUAUAUUUUAUCGAUGAUAAUAAAUACAGUUCGGCUA